CAAGCGCCCACGGACGCGCUACGAUUCCGGACUAUACCGAACCUAAUUAUUUUAAAUUAAAUAAGUAAAUAAUGACUGUUUGAUCCCCGAAGUCCCGUGGUGCUGUGACCAAUAAGUGCGUUUUUUUAAAUCCGUGUUACACGACACACGCACACAUUGAUAGGCAAUCACCAUGCCGAUCGGCAACGUGAGCAAUCCGGGGACGAAGCGGGACAACUACCGUCCGCCCUGGGUGAAGGACAAGGACGCUGAGGCGCCCCCGCCCUGGACGCAGAAGAAGCUGAAGCCGGUGGAAGCGAAGGGUGAGGAGGAACAACCCGCUCCUAAGGCUGCGAAACCUGGCUUGAAGAAACAAGCAACAAUAAGAGAAAAAGAAGAUAAAAACAAGAAUGGUGUCGCAGAAUCUGUAGCUGAAGAGAAGUUAGUAAAACCAUCGACAGCGAAACAAUUAGACAAAGCAGCGAAACCAGCCGAAGAGAAACCACGGUUUACUAAAUCAAGUCUCAAGUCUGCUGAUAAAACUUCCAAAACUGAAGACAAGACUUCUAAAAUUGAGGAAAAAGUCACAAAUAAUAAAACAGAAGAAAAGAAACCAACGCUAAGGACUGUUAGAACUAUCGAUGACAAAGCUAAAGAAAAAUCUGUCACAAUAGUCGACAGAAAAACAGAUAAGGCUGAAGAUAAAGUAGAAAAACCAAUUAAAAAUGGGGCUACUAAACCUAGUAAUGCGGUAAAUAACAAAACAACAAAUGAUAAGAAUAUUACUAAUUCUACAAGCAAGGACACAAAGCCUGCUGCCAAACCUACACCUAAAGUAGAAGAUAAAGUUGAUACCAAAUCCAAGAUGGCUACCAAGCCUCCAACACCUCUAGAAAAAACUCCUUCGAAGCUGCCACCCCGAAAGCCGUCACUGCAGAAGCAGCCUUCUAAAGAUGAAAUAGCAACAAAGAAAUGGCGGGACCCUCUUCACGAGCGAGUGAAGGAGAAUAUCGACAAGACAUUGGCCAAUGAGAUUCCCAAAGGGCACACACUUACCAAGAACGAGAGUUUGAGAAGCUUGCUGAAGCCCACACCUCCUCCGAUGCCACCGCCGCUGCCGCCGAAGAUGCCACCACCUCCAGAGUUCAAGAAGGCGCCGCUAGACCCGGCCAAGCUGAAGAAGGUGGAACAACUCCGCAGUAGACCGCGGAGGAGGCCAGAUUGGAGCGACAUGAUGAAGGAGGUCGAGCAAGGAAAGAAGCUGAAGCACGUCGUUUGUAAUGACAGGUCCAGUCCGAUUAUUACAAGAUCGACGGUAGUCAAGAAUAAAGACCAGUUCAUUUUCGAAUCGGAGAAGCCUAAUUCACACAAUGAACUACUAAAAGAGAUCAACAAAGGCGUUAAAUUAAAAAAAGUAAAAACCAAUGACAGGAGUAAACCUAAUCUUGAAGGGCUAAGGAAAUUCAGAAGACAAAUGACAAUUGAAGAGCAAGUACAAAAGUCAAUGUCGCAAGCCAAUAUAAUGGCCUCGCCAUCAGGAGCUGCUAUUCCAGAGCAAGGCGGUGUCCUACCGGUAGCAGCGACAGCAGAAGAGGAAGAGAUUGAUGAAAUGGAUGAUAUUGACAAAGUCAGAGAUGAUCUCCAAUCUACUAAGCAACUUUUAGCUAUUGAACUUAGAAAUAAAGAAGCCCAAGAAAGGGAAAACAAACGACUGUUGACAAGGAUACAAAAUCUAGAAGCUGAGCUUGCAAGAGAACGUGCCAUUAUUAAACAAGAACAACAUAAGACUGUUAUAUCAGUAACGGACGCGUACGACGAAAGACUUGUCAAUAGUCUUAAAUCGGAAAUUGAUAAAACCAAGGAAAAUGCAGAUAAUUUAGAAAAACAGUAUUUACAGGCCGCAGAAGAUAGAGAUACAGCUUUAACAGAAUUAGAAGAAGUCAAGAGACGAAAUGCGGAAUUAGAAAAGAAAUUAGAACAGGCGUUAUCGAAUAAGCUUGAAGAAAUGUAUAUAUCGGAGGAACCGUUAUCAUUCUAUCAAAAAAGGCAGCUUGAUUUUGAGAAGCAAUGUAGGUUAUUAGAUAUAGAUAUCAAUUCUCCAGAAGCCCAAGAACUGAAAAAAUCUUCAAUUGAUGCUAAUAAUAAUGUCGCUUCUGCUAAUUUUUCUUACACUAACAGAGACGAUGAGGGUAUUAUGCCUUCAAACAUGAAUUCGAGACGUUCCAGUCACGCUAUCAAGCAGCUCUCAGUUACUAAAGAUGAUAGUUUCGAGGAAGAAUCAGAAUCCGAAGAAGAAGAGGAGGAAAGCGAAGAAAAGAAACAAAAACGAAUGGAAAAAGAAGUACGCAACAUGAGAAACAGAAUCAGACAUUUGAAAGAAAAGCAAGACCACAUGAAGAAAGAGAGAAUGGGCUACAAAAUGGCGUUGAAAAACCAACAGGCCGCUCUCAAGGAUGCAAAACGAAAAUACAAGGAAUUGAAGAAAGAAGUCGAUAAGAUGGCACUGAUGAUGAAAGAAGUGGGUUCCGAUGACGAAGAUGAAGAUGAGGAAGAUGAAGAAUCUGAAGACGAAAAGAAGAGUGAGUCGGAGGAAGAAGAGACGGAGACAGAAACAGAACAGGACACUGAGAGUGAAACUGAAAGCGAAAGUGAACCUGAAGACGCCCCACUUCCAAAGAAGAAGGAGAAUCUGUCAUCGAGGUUGAAGAGACACGAGUCCAGGGUCAACGCAUUGAAGAAAGGCAAUGCUCUGUUGAUGGCGAACGUGGACCGACUGAAGGACGAUGUGCUAAAGCAGAGGGAGGAGUCACAGACUCUACAGAAAGAGCUAGACUCACUCAUUGACGACUUGGAGUGAUUCACUCUAUACCCGAUUAGUUUAAGUAAUCUAUGACGUGAUAAAGUGCUACCAAAUAUCGUUUAAUUUAUAUCAAAUCGCGCUGAUGACUGCUGGGUCACCGCUGAACUCUAUCUUUACGCUAUUUUGUUACCGUAUCGGUGUCGCGAAUGGAUAUCUAUAGGAAUUUCUAAAUCAAAACACCGACGUUGCCGUCGACAAAACAGCAAGUUUAAAACAAAAACUAUCAUUGUACGUACUUCAAAUGCGGUGUUAAUCAAAUGCGGUGCGAUAGAUCGCAUCGCAUUUUAUUACAAUGAAAGUAUUUGAUUACAUAGACUAGAGUCUAGCCGAACUUUUGACAAAUUCCGUGGCCUAAUGGUCAUCAUACCGGACUGCUACACUGGAGGUCCCGGGUUCAAUCCCCGGUCAAUCUUGAUCGAUCUGGGUCUUGGAUGUUUAUCUAUGUAUGUAUAUGUUCGUGUAGAAUAUAGUAUCAUUGAGUUAGUAAGUAUCCCAUAACACAAGUUUCGAACUUACUUUAAGGCUAAACUCAAUCUGUGUGAUUUGUCCCUAUAUAUUUAUUUUUAUUUUACUUAUUGACACGACCGGGAUCCUGGAAUAAAAAAUUGAAGAUAGGAAGCCCAAUAAGAAAAGGCAUGAGUUUUACGUUAACUUAAAUUUUUCGCUCUUAUUGUAUUAUAUUUAUUGUC